UUUCCAGAUUGUCCGUCAGUCAGGAAAAUCUACUUUCAUUUUCUUUUAAAUUUUCGUAACUGAUGAUAUUGUUUGUUCGUUUUGCAGAACUCCAAUAAUUUUCCACAUAAAAACAAGCCAAGGUGCCAGCAGUAGCUGCAAUGGUAACCGGAGACAAGACUGCAUUUUACCAAUGUGGCUUUGCAGGGGUGCAAUACACACUGUUGGAUGGUGGAGGCAGGCAUUACUUAAAGCGUUGCAGCAUACAGGGUGCUGUUGAUUUCAUCUUUGAUUGCUCUAUACAAGCACUUGGAGGGUUUAUUCCAGCACAAGCAAGAACGAAUCCAAAUGAUGCAAUGUGUUUGGGAAUUCUUCAGUUUUCGUGGGUAGGCCAUGGAGAGGUUAUUCUAGGGUCUUAUUCCGCCUGGAACUUCGUUGGCCAUGAGCAAGCUUUCUAAGCUCACAAAUCAUAUCUAUCAGCUUGGUUCCUGCAAAUUAAACAGAUAUGCCUUAAUUAUGUUGUUAGGGAUGGAAAUGUGUUUAAUUAGUGGCUUCUAUGUUCACAUAAUUUGCAGGAACCAUAUAACAUUUGCCGAGUAUGGCAACUUCGGUCCAGGAGCUGACACUUCAAAAACGGUUAGCUGGGCAAAGAAGCUGAGCAUUCAGAGCUUGGAAGAAUUAACCAGCAAGUCUUUUAUUAAUGGCGAUAACUAGAUGAAAGAACAACCAAUUUAGAUGCAAGCAGCUAUCUUGUUUCAUAUAUCCUUUGAAGUGGUUUUUUAGAGAACCGCCCGGCUUAGUAGUAUCAGGGUGCAGGUGAUGCAGGAAGAAGCACAGACGAAGAACAAUAGCUAAACAAAAGGCAAAGAAUUGCAGACAAGAAUUCUAAAUUCAAAGUUUUAUUCUCUAAAAAUAAAGUCUAAUGUAGUCUAGCUUUUUAUGGGGUUUAUAACUUCUUUAAACAGGUUA